GUCAUCACUUGCAACAGGAACAUCUACACGUUACAAAUCACAGACACAACGGGGAGUCAUCAAUUCCCCGCCAUGCAAAGGUUAAACAUCAGCAAGGGCCAUGCCUUCAUCCUGGUAUACGCUAUCACCAGCAAGCAAAGCUUGGAGGAGUUAACUCCUAUUUAUUCCCUCAUAAGAGAAGUUAAGGGAUCAUUAGAAGGAAUUCCAAUGAUGCUUGUGGGUAACAAGAGCGACGAAGAAGAAGCAAGGGAAGUCAGCUACCAAGAUGGUAUGGCUCAAGCGCAUAAAUGGAAUUGCAAUUUCAUGGAAACAUCAGCAAAGAACAACACGAACGUCAAAGAAAUGUUUCAAGAGCUGCUGAAUAUGGAAAAGUCCCGAAACGUCAGUCUACAGAGCGAACGUAGGACUCUUGCGCAGUUUAGGAAAGAUAAUCUGAAAGGAAAGUGUCUAGUUAUGUAAAUUUGGAGAACAGUGUAGAAGAUACUACCAUAUUAGCUGUAAAGGAUCACAUUAGGAACAUUCUCGAGUUUAAAAUUAUGAAUAAAUUUUACAGGACUCUACGAGACAGAGAAGAUUCAUCUGAGAAAAUCAUUCUGGUAUAUUCAAUGAAGUGAUUAUUUAAACUCGAAAUUAGCCUGUUUGAUGCACUUAAUUUAAAUUUGUGUAUUCUAUUUGUGUAAAAUAGCUUACGCAUAAAUUUAAUUUUCCCAAUUUAUUUUUAUAGGAAACUUAACUCAAAAAUACUUAGCGAAUUGUCGGAAACGAUCUUGGAAUAAAAUAUUUGAGAUAAUUAAAAAAAACAAUGUUUACAUUAAAACAUUUAAGCAUGACUUAAGCAAAGGAAAUUUAUUGUAUGCUGUAUCUGUUUCAGACCAAAAUUUAAUGAAUCUGAAUUUCCCCUGAGAGAUAUUCCAAAAAAAUAUGACUUUAAUUCUGUAUAAAUCGCUUUAUGAUAUUUUAAUAUUAAAGAAAUGCAGUUAAUUUUUUUCUAAA